AUUCCCAAGACACCUCUCAUCAACCAAAAUAACAUCCCGGUAGAGUCUCACGGUUUAAUAACGCAAAUCAACUAGCCAUCGUUUGUGCUACACCACCCUCUGUCAAGUCUUCUCGUCCUGGCAUGAACCCUGACGAUCCAUCCGAGUCCUUUAUUAGACGAACUCCGUCUCCUCAACCUCAUCCACCUCCGCAUCCUCUACUGGCCUGGAUCCCGACACAUGAAUCCUCUUCCCAUCUGGUUUCGCAUCAUCUGACUUUCUCGAACCUAGUUCUGUUUAAUCGAGCGAACCUAUUUCUGUUUAAUGAAGCCACCUUCGCUUCUGUUUCGCUUCAUGAGGCCGACUCCGUCUGGGUGCACGCAGAUGACCGGCAUGAGAAUGAGGGCCGAGCAAGCAGCACUAGCCGCCCCCCGCGCCCGACCCGCCCGAACGGCCCAUUCGAUAGCCUUGAUGUACUGUGGACAGGGGCGUGGGCAGAGGGCGAGGGUCAUCUUCCAGUCUCCACCCUCUUCCUCGACGACAGUGAAGACCACGAGCCUGCAAGUGCUUUCAUCGAGGUUAGCAUUGGCAAACGCCUGGAACUUCCAACACCAUGUUCGGAGAACUCCCCUUCGUCUCCGGGGGAUGCAGCCAGCAUUGCAAUAUCCAGUGAUUCAGGACAAGUCGAUGGGAAAGACGGUUACGGAUUCCAGCUCUUCAAACAAGUGCUUCGACGGCUCAUCAUAGCACACCAGGCCGAGACAGCUGAAUGCAAUACCAGUCAGCCUACCCCUCGUCAAGGUGACAGGGAAGCUGGAACUUCCCAGCCGGGUCGGCAAGCACCAACCGACUCGCCGGCGGUGACAAAACAACGCAAGCGGCAGCGAGGCUCCGAUCAAGACUCUGGAGAGGAUGAGGACGGAUGUGACGGACGUCGUGCAAAACAGCCCACUGGUACAUCAAGGGACGCUUUCCGAAGACAAAAGUUUCUGGCUUGUCCGUUUGGGAAACUGGACCCAAACAAAUAUUGGGAGUGUUUCUUGAAACGGAUUACGACCAUCAGCUACGUGAAGCAACAUCUGUCAAGGAAACACACCCCGGAUUUCUUCUGUCCUCGCUGCUACACCAUCUUCGCGCAGGAGCCCGUCUACGAGACUCACGUCCUUGCGGCUGCGUGUUCACGGGGUCCGUCGGCGAGACUAGAUGGGAUAUCGCCGCAUCAAAGCAGGCAGCUGUCAUCAUGAAAAGGGUCCAGGGGCUCGGUUGAAGAACGGUGGUUCGCAAUCUGGAAGAUCCUGUUCCCGGACAAGACCCCGCCCACUUCCAUCUACAUCGACCCCCAAUUAUUCCGAGGACUUUUGUUCAACCAGCGAGUUCAGCGAACGCCAUGGAGUGGUCGUGCUACGCCAAGAGCUUCAGUCCAGCGGACUUCUACUCAGGCCGGGAGUUUCUGAUGAAGAGGUGGAACACUGCCUGCGAGCGGGUUUGGAUGCGAUGUUUGAACACUUCACGGGGAACCGG